AUGAGAAUCAGAAUCAGAAUCAAGGCGGAGGUCACGGGUGCGGGGGGGGUGAGAGAGGGUAGGGAGGAAGAGGAGGAGGAGGAGGAGGAGGAGGAGGAGGAGGAACGUCAGGUUCAGGCGGCCAGGAAAGGAAGGGGCCUAGCCUAUCUGGUGAUUGUACUUGUGGAUGACAAGCUGUACGGCAGGCGGAAGGUGGUGAGCAUCUGCCAGGAGGCCAUGGUGUGCGGCCCUUCACGAUCCGUGGCUGCUGGGAGUCACACCCGACUCGUGUCCAUCCAGGGCCUCAUUCUGCCUAUGCUCGGCAUCUUCUGUCAGCCCGAGUUUUUCAACAACCCCGCAUCAAGCAAGGUGAACGUGACGCUGGCAGCAAUUGCAGAGGUGGCAGGCCUACAGGAGUACCUCGUCUACUGCAUGCGACUCCUCACUGAACAAGGAGAGAUCCGCGAUCUCUCACUGGAUGACACAGACAGUGCUGAGGAUGGCCCGGGUGAGCUUAGCUUGGAAGAUCAUGCACGCCACGACAAUGACCGUAUCGAGAAUUCAGCCAUCUCAGUGGUGCCAACGAUGGACGAGGUUCUCUGCGACAUCGCGCCCUACCUUCCGCACAAUCACCCGGGCGAGCCGCACCGCCAGCCAGCAGGGUCAGUGGGGCGCCACGUGGACAUUCAAUUCCUCCUGCUGCGCCACGACCUGGUUGCCCCCCUCUGGAGCAAGGCCCUCUUCCUCUUCCACCGCCUCACCCACGAAUCCCCUGAGGGUGCCCGUGGUGCGAGCAGCAGCAGGAGCAGCGGCAGGGAGGAGGCGAUGGGGCUGCUGAGGGCGGACAGGGAGUCGGUGAGGGGUGUGGCGGAUGCGAUGAAGGGCGUGGGGGUUGUCCUCGGAGGACAUGGACGUGACGGCAGUGAGGGGAGUGGGGAGAGUGGUGGGAGGACGCAGGUGGUGAUGCUGGAAGGCCAUGGGAGCUUCUUUGCGUAUGAGCCAUUUCUGAAGGCGCUGCAGGGCAUUAUUGAGGCGUCGCUGCCCUUUGCUGAGUACAUCUGUGGGGUACCUGACGGGGCACCUGGGGGGCUGCCUGGGAGGGCCCUUGGAGUGUGCGAGCUGCCUGCGUACAUCCAAACGGGCAUGAGGUACGACUUGAGCCUGCUGCUCAAGACCAAGGCAGCAUCAUGCUCCCAGCAGGAACAGAUCGCACUAGAGGACGAGUAUGCCAUGAGCAACGUGGCGAUCGCCACCCCCUCCUCCUUCCCCAUGGAUGCUCUCCUGCGCUGCACGUCGCUGGACCAGCCCCAAGCUGCGGCCCUCCAGGCGGCCCUCACGCAGGAGUUUGCUCUGCUGCAGGGCCCCCCAGGAAUGGGCAAGACGUUUGUGGGGAUAAAGCUGGUGGAGAUUCUGCUGAGCAAUGCAUUCAAGAGAAGCGCUGAGGGGCAUGAUGUGUCUCAAGGCGGGGAGGUAGUGCAAGUGGGAGGGAGGUGCAAGUCGGAGGUGCUGCAGGAGCUCAAUCUCCUCAACAUCAUCCGCACCUCCAAUGUGGAGCGCAGCCGAGGAGAAUGGAAAGUGCAGCUGCUGAGAAUUGAACCCACGACCUCUAAGACUGAAGUGUACAAGCACUUGACCUACGAGGUGCACAGCAAGCUGGGCGAGGUGGAGGAGGUGAUUGGCACGUAUAGCGACGCCCUACAGCAGUGCAGCGCCAACACAGCGGUCGUUUCGUGGCGCUCCAUCGCCGCCCACCUCAUGGCCAACCACCCUGUCUUUUUCCAUGCGUUGCAACCCACCACUGCGGCAGACAGUGACGGGUUUCAGGUGCGUGACAGGCGAGGCCCAGGCACUGAUGAACCCCACAGCGGUACCAACACCCGAGGAUACCACGACAGCCAGGGGAACCAAAACAGCAGGGGGAAUCAAGGCAGCAGGCAGGCACACGGGAGCAUGGGGGAAGAUGAGGAGGAGGGGGAGGAGAAGGAAGGGGAGGAGGAGGAGGAGUGGGUGGGAGUGGAGGUGGAUGAGGCAAGUGACCGUGGGGUGGGGGAGUUGCUGGGGUUGGCGGACCCAUGGGCAACGAGUGGGUGGGAGAGGCGGAAGCUGGUGGCGGUGUGGGUGGGGGAGGUGCGCGCCACUGCUGCUGCUGCCAUCGAGGCCGAGGUGGACAAGUAUGCCAGGUAG